GGCUCCGCGGUCAACAAGAAAUAUGGCGACCACCACCUCAGCCGUAGGUCUCCCCAGCCGAUAUCUUCUCGCUCCACGCUAUCAUAAAAAUGAUGAUGAAGCUCACCCAGGCUUUUUGUUUCAGUCCCCGCAAAUCCCCCACCACGUCACCGCCCUCCUCUCGCACCUCACCUCGCGCCCCGGCGUGCAGUCCACCUUCAUUCUCUCCCGUAAAGACGGCUCCAUUAUUCAGAGCACGGGGUUAUACGCCUUUUCGCCGACGACCCGUCGCCCGAGCAGACCUACACCUUCACCUACACCAGCACCUAUCUCUAACCCAGCCUCAUCGCCGUCGCCAGCCACAGCCCCAGCGACAGCUACAGCUACCCUCCCAAACCUGAACACUGUCCCUGUUUCUGGUUCUGGUUCUAGUCCUACAGCCCCGCACCCCGACCAACAACAAGAAGGAGUACAAGAACAGUCCACCAACCCGACAACCCUUGACGCCACAGAAACCGUCCCCGCUGUCCCAGCUACAGAAGAAGAAAGCGCAGCAGAAGCCGAUCAACCGGACGAACCCCCCACGAACACAGACAAAGACACAUCCCCCAUCGCCAAUCCCGACCCCACCACCCCGCAAACCCCACAAGUGACCACUCUCCCAAUCCGAACUAAGGAAUCAGCAGCAGCAGCAGCAGCGCAACAAGAGCAUGAACAAGCGCAAGCCCAAGAGCAACAGCAAGAGAAAUACACCCCCUCGCCCGCCGAGACCCUCGCCGCGCAUAUCUUCGCGUACGUGACGAGCGCGGCGGAGUUGAGUGCCGUACUGGCUGAUCCGACCUCUGACGGGGCUGGUGGUAGGCAGCAGCUUGGGUAUGGGGUUGGGGGUGGGGUGGAGGCUGGGAAUCGAAGCGGGGAAUUUAGGACUGGGCAUGGAAUUGGGCAAGGGCAAGGGCAAGGGCAUGAACAAGGGGAAGGGGAGCGCGACGAGGAGGAAGAGGAAGGGGAUGAGGUGAAGUUGUUGCGGUUGCGGACGAGGAAGCAUGAGAUUGUGGUGGUGCCGGAUCGGAAGUAUUUGCUUUGUGUGGUGCAUGGGCAUGGCUCUGGGCAUGGGGGUGGAGCGGGAGCUGGAGCUAAGGGUGCGGUUGGGGGCGGGGUGAGGAGGUGAUUUUGAGAUACCUGGGAAGGGGAGAGUUGAAUGGGUUCUGGGGGCUGUGGUUGGUGUGUAUAGG